AUGGAUGGCUUUAGCCAGCAAUAUUUUGAUGCAGGAAACAGUUGUGCAUCAGGCAAGAGCGGUUGUGAGACGCGCAUAUCUUCGUGUAAUUGCCAAAGUAACGUAGGAUGCCCGGAUUGCGUCGCUUGCAGUGGUCUGCGGCCCACCGGAACCGCUGCGACGGGCGCGUGUCCUGGUCCGUGUCAGUGUGUCGAGGAGGAAAUCUGGAACAGUAACGUGCCACCUAAACCGAAUUGCCGAUGGUUGAAUAACUUCGCCGAGCUACGCCGUCAAUGGAGCGAUUACGGUCGCCAGCAAGCGUACAAGUGCCGCGGCUGCAGACGAUCGUGCAGAACUGUCGCUUCGUGCCGACCGUGUCUUUCACCAACGGCCCCGUGUUCCGGUACCAUUUUACUUAUGUCGGACUGUCAGGUACACACCAAGAAAUGCUGUGGGAGCCGUCGUUUAGCGGGCGGGGCAAGCAAAUCGGAAGUGGCACCGGCAGAUAAAUCGCCAUCACCCGAAUCUCUGAAACGGGAAGCGGGCGGUGGUUGCCCGCCGCCAAACUGUAGCCGUCCAUCGACCCGCUAUAACUCUCCCAUGAACGCGGAUUGCGCGUCGACCGCUUCGUCUUGCUGCCCCUCGCAAUGCAGAUAUCCUCAAACUUCGCCGCAUCGGGCGUCCGACUGUCUUCAGCCCUGUGCCCGGAAAUCUAUCCUGAAAAAACGCAGCUGUUGCCAGUGUAAUAAUGCGAAUCGCUGCUGCCUGUGCCAACCGAUGCCGCGCGGCUGUAACUGCCCGCCGCCGAUUCAGGUGGACGCGCGCGCUGCUCACGAAUGCUCCUGCGACUGUCCGUCCAGCCCGGAAUGCGCCUGUCCACCCAGCGAACGAAGAUUCCCAAAAACGACGGUCAAGUGUACUAACGCGCGUCUCUGCUGUCCGUCCCCUCGAUUACCGCCGAGUCCCAAGUGUUACUGCCCGCGUUGUCAGCCGUGUCCGCCGCCACCUUGCGGUCCAUGCACGUCCGCCAAGUGUCGACGACCCCUUCCACUCAAGGAUCUAUGCUCGCCGUGUCCAUCCUGCCCACCUUGUCGGCCGGUUUCGACCGCUUCGCCUUGUCGUGUUACUCCGACACCUUGCAGAAACCUGACGUUCUGCAACGAGCGUGGCGGUCGACCUUCCUCGCCCUGUACAGGUCAGUCUUGGCGUGGGAUUACUGGCGAUAUAAGGAGCUCGGAGAGUAGCAUCGGUAGUAAACAAAAUGGCAAUGAGAGACGAGAGUUACACAAUAAGAAAGAUCGUGACUGUUGUUAUGCAGAUUGUAUUGGAUCCGAGAUUGAAUCCAAAUACACCGAUAAAAAUCGCAAUUUGACGCUAAACGAGGGAUAUACGCAUCAGAAUUCAGAGUCAAAGACGUUUAUUAAUUUGUCAGAGACCACAAAUCCUUCGAAGUCUGUCGAUCCCGAUUCGUACGUGUCGGAGGAAAGAGAUGAGACCGCUUUUGAAAAUGCAGCGGAGGCUCUUGAAGAAUGUACCAUCGAAAAAUCUUCGAAGGAUUCGUGGUACACUUCACCUACCCCCGCUUCGUCCAACAGCGGUACGGAGCCCGAUUAUUAUGCAUUCCAGGAGGAACAUCCGCCCACUGGCAGAAACGUGUCUGGAAAUCUUGUUUUGGCAAGAUUAUCGAGUCGUAUAAAAUCAUUUAGUCGGUUGUGUAAUAUGCUAGAGACUGAUGUUGACUCUACCUUAUGUUAUCACCAAAGGACCAAUGUGACACGUGGUGUGGUGCAUCCAGUAGGUGUCAGCUGCACGUCGGAGGGAACAUUGAGCGCAUAUGCGCAUACAAAUGAAAAGAAGAGCGUGAGUGCAUGCUGCGAUGUGUUUUCUAAUCUUGGUGGCAUCGGCUAUUCGACUCUCGUACCAAGCCCGUUGGCACUAAUAUCCUUCGCUCUACUGAUUCUUCUAGCCGUUACCUGGUCCUCCGUCGGCGAAAUGACGUGCCGGAGAGCGUUUCCGUUCACGUUUUUGACGGUGUUGGUGUUCUGUGCAACAUUCCGACGAGGUGCUCCUGCUGUCGCAGGAACUAUCGAAAAUAAGAGUGUCACUGAGAAAGCGCAACCAGAGGGUUGCAUUGAGUGUGGAUAUUACAGAUGUCCAGAGAAUUCUGGAAAAUGCUUGCUGGGCUCGGUACCUGAUCCUUGUGGAUGUUGUCCGGAGACCGGUUUGUGCGCCCGUCUCCUUGGCGAACCAUGCUGGAACGUGAGCAUCCCUCUUUUAUCUUCAAAGAGCCGUAACGACGGAUACUGCGCAAGAAAUUAUCUAUGCGAGUUGCGCUCCGAUCUACAAGAAACGGUACGGUACGAAACGCAGUUCGUGCUUACAAAAGAGUCCCCGGCGUGCGGUAGCAAUAACGAAACUUACCCGACGCCGUGCGCAUUGCACGAAGAAGCGAUGAAACUCAGGAACUCAUCUUCCUUGAGGUUGCAACACCUCGGUCCUUGUGAAAGUAGACCGUGGAUUCUGUCAACUUUGGAAGAUGUUGUCUCAUCCUUUGGUCAACGUGUCGCACUCAAUUGCGAGGCAAAGGGCUUCCCUGUGCCGGAUAUCUUUUGGGAAUUUCAUUCGGCUGAUGGGAGAAGAGUGAUAAAAUUGCCAGGAGAGGAGCAUGAGGCGACAGUACAUACGAGCGAGGGCCCAGAGCCCCUUAUGCGAACAUCUUGGAUGCAAUUGGCUCGGCUGGAUGAAAAACACAUUGGGAUGUAUCAUUGUAUUGCUAACAAUUCCGUAGGAGAAGCAAGCGUGUCUUCGUUCGUGUCCAUGCAACGCAUGAAGAAUUCUUCGCACUAAUGCCACUAUUCUGAGAGAUCAAG